AUGACAGCUGCAGUGAGAGUUAUUCCAGGGGCCGCCACGAGGGCAGUGAAUCUGCUCAGAGCCGUUCAGUUCACUCACCCGCCCUCAUGUCCCUGCCACUCCAAUCCGGGCCACCAUCAUAAUCACCGGCAUGGUCCACAUGCUGCUGUGCGGCGCUAUGCCACCCCUCAGGAUAACUCACAGCUUAAGGAGUACGCCUUCGAGAUGGCUGCUUCUUCCAUCCGCUUCGGACCUGGCGUCACGCGGGAAGUCGGCAUGGACUUCAAGAACAUGGGUUCCAAACGGGUCUGCGUCGUCACAGAUGAGACCGUCGACAAGUUGACUGCCAUGCAACAAGUCCGUGAGGCAUUGACCAACGAGGGGGUCAACUUCAAAGUCUUUAACAAGACGAGGGUCGAGCCAAAGGAUAGCUCCAUCCGCGAGGCCAUCGAUUGGGCCAAGCCGUUCAACCCGGACGCGUUCCUGGCUGUUGGUGGUGGCUCGGUCAUUGACACAGCCAAGCUGAUGAACCUGUACACCUCCUACCCAGAGGCCGAUUUCCUCGACUUCGUCAACGCACCGCUCGGCAACGGCCGCCCAAUCGACAAGCCGCUGAAGCCCCUCGUUGCCGUCCCUACAACCGCCGGCACGGGAUCGGAAACCACGGGCACUGCCAUCUUCGAUCUGGUCUCCAAGCGCGCCAAGACCGGCAUCGCGCACCGCAACCUGAAGCCCACCCUUGGAAUAUGUGACCCCCUCAACACGCGAACCAUGCCCGCCGCCGUCAAGGCCAGCUCCGGCUUGGACGUCCUGUGCCACUCACUCGAGAGCUGGACCGCCAUUCCUUACCACGAGCGCACGCCGCGGCCGCAGAAUCCUAUCCUGAGGCCUGCUUACCAGGGCGCCAACCCGAUCAGUGACAUCUUCUCGCUCAAGGCGCUGCACGACUGCGUCAAGUAUCUUCCUCGCUCGGUCAGAGACCCAGACGAUAUGGAGGCUCAGAGCCAGAUGUUGCUGGCUGCAACGCUAGCAGGUGUUGGUUUCGGAAACGCGGGCGUGCAUCUGUGUCACGGAAUGUCGUAUCCCAUCUCCGGCCAGAACCCAGGCUACCAACACGCGGGCUACGAGGUCGCGACCCCCAUUAUCCCGCACGGCGUCUCUGUGGCGGUCACGUCGCCCGCCGUGUUCAAGUUUACAGCCGCGUCCAACCCAGAGCGCCACCUGCAAGCCGCAGAAGCCUUUGGCGUGGACAUCAGCAACGUGAAGAGGGAAUCUGCCGGCGAGGUCUUGGCAGAAGCGCUGAGGAAGUUUCUCGACAGCCUGGGCGACCAGCCCUCGGGCCUCAAGCAGCUGGGGUUCGGGUUGGAGCAUAUCGAUGACCUAGUGGAGGGCACGAUCCCGCAGGCAAGAGUGUUGAUGCUGGCCCCGAACCUGGCUAGGGAGCUGCAGACGGAGAGGGAGCAGCUGAGGGGCCUGUUUGAGGAGUCUUUGUGA